AUGGAAUUUCAAUCAAAGAUCAAUUCAAUAACAUGGUUAGAUCGUUUUCCUAUUGAAAUAAUCUUUGAAAUAUUUGAUUAUUUAUCAAACAAUGAUAUAAUUUAUACAUUUUUUUCUUUCAAUAAACAAUUUAAUAAUAUUCUUAUACGUCAUCGACGUUAUUUUACUAAUUUAGAAUUGCCAUCAACAAAUUUCGAUACAUGGGAACCUAUUCUUUCGUAUCUAGGUUCAAAAAUCGAAUCAUUAAUAAUAUCUACCAUUGAUUUUUCAUUUCCCUUAAUAUAUUUUUCAAAUUUAAAAUCAGUUAUUAUCCCUUCAACAUAUGGUUUACCAAAAGAACAAUUAAAAUAUUUACUUGACUGUGACCAAUUUAAUAAUUUACAUACAUUUAAAUUAAAACAAAAGAAAUUAUUUUGUGAUCAAUUCUAUUAUUUUGAUUUAAUUGAUCAAAAUUAUUUAUUUAAAAAAAUAUUUAAUUCAAAUAAUUCAUUAAAAAUAUUCGAAUAUCCAUUUAAACGUUCAUCAUUAUCUAUCACACAUUACAAUAGCUUACAAAUCAAUUCUAAUCUACAUUCAUUAACAUUAAUAUUAAGUGAUUUUAAUGAUAUAUUUAAAUUAAUAUCCUAUACACCGAAUUUAGAAUAUUUAACUAUUCAAACAUCACCACCACCGAUUACAUAUCAAGAAAUAAUUUAUCAAACGAAUAUUAAAUUAAAACAAUUCAAUUUAAAAUUAGGUCAUGAUUCAAUUGAUUUUAAUCAGUUAAUGAAUGGUAUUAAACAAUUUUCAUCAUCAUUAAUUUCAUUAUCACUUGAUUUAGUUGAUUUAAAUAUUGAAACAAUAGAUGAAUUACCAUUUAAUAGUAUUAAACUUCAACAAUUUUUACAAACAAUGAUUGAAUUAAAACAAUUUCAUCUCUAUGCAAAAUUAAAUGAAUGUCCAAUUGAUAAUGAAAAUUUUUUAUUAGAAUUUCAAAAUCAAUUUUGGUUGGAUCAUAAUUGGAGAUUUGGUAUGCAUGAUAAAUAUUUCUAUACAUUACCAUUUCAUUUUGAUUAUCUUUAUGAAUUUUCAAAUAAUUUUAAAACGAAUUCUCGAUUAUGGUAUUCUAAUGUUAAAUCAUUGGAAUUAUGUUUAACAGAAAAAUAUAAUUUUCAAUUUUUAAAAGAUCUGAAUAUUCAAAUGCCGAAAUUAAAUUUAAUUAAAUUUACUUCGUGUGAUUCGAAUAAGAAUGAAAUGAGAAAUAAUAUUACAUUCGAUAAUGUUACAACAUGUGAAUAUAAUGAAAAUGUAAAAGAUUGGAUUUUGUAUCGAUUACCAAAUUUAAAACAUUUAAUUUUAUCGUCGAAAGAAUUAAUUUCAUUAGAUAAUCAAGUAGCGGAAAUAUUUAAUAAAAAAAUUCAAUAUUUAGAUAUAAAAAUACAUUCAGAUGUGGAUUAUUUACCUGAAACAAGUUAUAUGUACUGGUCAAAUGUUCAAUAUAUAUCAUUAUAUUUAUGUUAUAAUCAACAAAUAUCUCAAUGUCAUGCAAACCAUGUGAUUAAAAUAUUGAAAUAUUUUCAAAAUUUAAAAACAUUAACGGUUUAUCUUAUUCCAACAAGGUUUGAUAGUAUUUUACGAUUGAAUAAAUUUAUUGAAUCUUUAAAUGCCGAUGAAAUUCUAAAUAAUUAUCAAGUAAAACAUUUCGGAGUGUAUUCUUUAUUUUCAAAAAUAAUAUUAUAA